AUGGCUUCGACUCCACAGACCCUCUGGGGUCUCUUCUUGAAGAUACUCGGCCUUGCAGCCGCCAUUGGGGUUCUCAUCCUCGUUGUCAUCCUAGUCUCACUGGUGAUAUCUCAAAAUGCCACGCUUCCCAAAGUCCGUCGAAGGGGCACACCCGUCCACGUCCUUGUCGUGCUAGGCAGUGGUGGUCACACUGCCGAAAUGUUCGCCAUUCUCGAGAAUCGAUUUGACUUUUCCGUCUACACCUACCGCACCUACGUCGUGAGCUCUGGGGAUGACCUUAGCGCUCAAAAGGCCGUUGAUUUUGAAGACACAAUUGCGCAAAGGAAUAAGAUCGAGGAGCCAGCCGAUAACUACACGGUUGUUACCAUUCCACGGGCACGACGGGUGCAUCAAUCGUACUUGACUGCGCCGUUCUCGACACUCCACUGCUUCUGGGUCUGUCUUCUGGUUCUACUAGGGCGACACCCAGACCAGCGCCCACUCCCCUCACAGUAUCCUUCCGUUUACCCCGACAUUAUUAUCAGCAAUGGACCAGCUGUAGCCGUGUGCAUGAUAUUCGCAGCGAAGUUCAUACGGUUCUUCAUUUUCUGUUUCCGCUGGGUAUCCGGUCAGGCCUCCAAACCUGAGAUAUCAAGGCUCCGAACCGUGUACGUGGAAUCGUGGGCUCGCGUUCGGACACUGAGUACUUCUGGGCGGAUACUUCUUCCUAUCGCGGACAAAUUCCUUGUUCAAUGGCAGCCUCUAGCGGGUCACCGAGCUUGGUGGGGCAUGAAGAGAACAGAAUACUGCGGCUGGGUUGUUCUUUGA